ACUUUUUUUCCAAAUUUCUUUCUAGGGUUUCACUUUUGUAUUUAACUCCCUCUUUCACUUUAACACCACCCCCUCCAUGUUCCCUCUUUUUUGGCCCACCGCCAAAAAAAAUAUCAAUUAGCAGCCACCACGUCUUAUACACAUAUACACAUAUAUCUAUAUCUAUACUUGCUUACACACUCUAUAAUCAUUAUCCUUCAUCUACAAGCAACCCAAAUCACUUAUUAACCAUUUAUUUGUAUCAAACUCACACACACUACUAUCAUUUAUAUUUUUUUUUUUAGUAAAAUGGAACUUGAACUUGAUGAUGGUUUGUUUUGGCUGCCAACUGAGUUCUUAAAAGAUGUUGUUAAUGAUGAUGAUGAAAACUUGUUUUCUGGAAAAAACUCUGAUUUGAGUUCUCCUGUUGAGUCUGUUUUUGGAACAGAGAGUGACGAUGAAGACUAUCUGAGUGAUUUGUCUCAAAAACUCGCCCACUCUACUCUAGAAGACGAAGAAGAAAAUCGUGUCAUUAAGUCGACUAAUGUUACGGUUGGUUCGCCCCAAUCGACAUUGUGCGGUUAUAAUGGGACUGCAAAUACAAAAAGUUUUACAAAUUCUAAAAAUUAUCAUAUGCAACAAAUUCAUGCCGCUCAAUUGAAACAACAACAGUUGAUUAAACAACAACAGUUAUUGAAACAACAACAAUAUCAGUAUCAGCAGCAAUUUGUCCAACAAAACAGGGGAAGGAAUGUCGGCGGGGUAAAUAUGAAACCUGUGGCGGCGCCGUUAUCUGCUUGGCCGACUUUGCACCAAUAUCAGCCGCCGCCGCCGCCAGGGACAGGAAUGAGGGCCGUGUUUUUAGGAAACCCUAACUUAAAACGUGAAUCUAUAGGUACUGGUGUUUUCUUGCCCCGCCAAAUCGGAGCCCCGACUGAAACCCGCAAGAAAAAAGGUUGUUCAACUGUCUUACUUCCGGAUAAAGUUAUACAUGCGUUGAAUAUGAAUCUUGAUGCUCAAAAUCGAUCUAACGGUCCACAUUUCUCAAAUAAAUAUGAUACUAAAACGAAGUAUCGGAAGAAUGUUUUGACAGCAGAGCAACGACGGCAAGAAGUUGCUAAGGAUCUCCGGCCGGAUCUUCGGCUGCCUCCGGAAUGGACUUAUUGAUGGUGAAAUGAGGGAAAAAUGGUAUUAUUAGGAAAUAAAUAGGCUUAGAUUAGAUAAGGGAAUGGAAUAAAGUUGGAAGUAGAAGGUGGGAACAACAAAAGUUUACUCUUAUUUUGCUAUGAAAUUUUUGUUGGGGAUGGAGCGAAGAAACGAAUAAGAAAGGGGUUUUAGUAUUAAUAUUAUAAUUAUUUAAUUAUUUAUUUACUAGUAUUUUUUUGCA